AGUUAAUAUUUUAAUAUCGGGUGCAAAUGAUCAUUUGGUUAAAGAAAGAGCGUAUAUUUCGACAAGCCUGCGUAUCUGUGUCGGGCGGCCAUUCUGUGUUAGUAAGUAAAUCAUAUAAAAUAUUCUCCUCCUCGUCUUCUAGAAUAAUAUCACCUGCCAUGUUUUCAAUGAACUGCGCCCACAUCACACUACGGCGGUCUGCGAGACCGACGGAACUGAAGUGCGAAGGCGCGAUCCACACGGACCGUUGUUUUCUACGCAGCACUCUAUCAGAACCAGCACAGUGAGCACACGGUACAUCCGGCGGAGAGACUCGCAGGAGUUUGACACCAUGGCAGCGUUCGGCGAAAUGGGAGUGAUGCCUGAAAUUGCACAAGCGGUGGAAGAAAUGGACUGGCUGUUGCCAACAGACAUUCAGGCCGAAUCCAUUCCACUGAUUCUGGGCGGAGGAGACAUGGCUGCUGAGACUGGGAGUGGAAAAACUGGAGCCUUCAGUAUUCCAGUCAUCCAAAUAGUCUAUGAGACCCUUAAAGACCAGCAGGAGGGGAAGAAGGGACGCAGUGCUGUAAAGACAGGAGGAGCAGUUUUUAAUAAAUGGCAGAUGAACCCCUAUGACAGAAGUUCUGCAUUUGCUAUUGGUCCAGAUGGCCUGUGCUGUCAGAGCAGAGAGGUCAAAGAGUGGCAUGGCUGUCGUUCCACCAAAGCAGUCACAAAAGGGAAGUAUUAUUAUGAAGUAGCCUGUUAUGAUCAAGGGCUGUGCAGGCUGGGCUGGUCCACUGCCGAGGCAUCACUGGACUUGGGAACGGACAAAUAUGGAUUUGGCUUUGGGGGAACUGGAAAGAAAUCUCACAACAAGCAGUUUGAUAGUUACGGAGAGGAGUUCACUAUGCACGACACCAUCGGAUGCUACAUAGAUCUGGAUAAAUGCCAAGUGUCAUUCUCUAAAAAUGGUAAUGAUCUGGGUCUGGCUUUUGAGAUCCCUCCACAGCUGAAAAACCAGCCCUUCUUUGCUUCCUGUGUGCUGAAGAAUGCUGAACUGAAAUUCAACUUUGGUGAUGAACCUUUCAAAAACCAACCUAAAGAUGGAUACGUGGCCGUGAACCAGGCUUCAGACGGUCAUGUGGUCAAAUCCAGCCAGACAGGAAGUGCUAAAGUGAGUCAGGUCAAAUCCAUUUCUAACGCCCCCAGAGCUCUCAUCAUUGAGCCGUCUAAAGAGCUGGCUGAACAAACCCUCAAUAAUGUCAACCAGUUCAAGAAAUAAGAUGAUAACCCCAAACUGAGGGAUCUUCUGAUCAUUGGAGGAGUGGCUGCUAAAGAACAGCUCUCCAUUUUAGAAAGUGGAGUAAGUGUACAAAUC